AUGUCGGGUUUCCUCUCCCUGAUGGGGUGGACCUUCCUCCCGGAUCUAGCCACCCGCUUUCUCCAGAGCACGUACUAUGGCAUAACCAUCCGCGCCGGGUCCCCGAGACCCCAGCCCGGCCAGCCCCGCUUCGCCGAGCACUACCGACGCAUCUACAUCCUCGUCGUGUGCGCCUACCUCCUCUUCACCAUCUACGAGGCCGACUGGGAGCUCCAGCGGUCCGGCGGCGACUUCUACUCGGUCCUGGGCGUCGCCCCGGACGCCCCCGUCCGCGACAUCAAGAAGCGCUACCGCCAGCUGUCGGCGCUCAUGCACCCGGACAAGGGCGGCGCCUACGACGCCGAGACCUACAUCAGGGUGCAGACGGCCCACGAGACGCUCAGCGACGACGUCAAGAGGUUCGCCUACGACCGCCUCGGCCCGGACAUGCUGCGCUGGCGCGAGUGCACCGUCGCGCGCGACUUCGUGAUGCGCGGCGCCCGCGACGUGCUCGGCUACUACGGCGUCGGCGCCCUGGCCAUCUAUGCCCUGCCCAAGCUGGGCUACUUCCAGCAGGGCAUGUACUGGCGGUGGGUCGCCCUCGCGUCGCUGCUCGCCUUUGAGCUGCACACCAUCACGCGGCCCGCGCACCCGUGGUUCCUGGCCGGGGUGGUGAACCCGCUGCUCACGCGCGCGCUGAACCCGGCCUUCUCCUCCUGGGCCCCCGCGCUCGUCCACCCGGCCUACCUGCCCUUCCAGGCCGUCGCCCUCGCCCGCAAGCUCAGCAUCACCCUCACCAUCGCCCUGAACCAGGUGGUCCCCUACCUGACGGCCGACACGCGCGGCGGCAGGGUCCUGCUGCAGCGCCGCGGCACCGAGGACGCCCGCGCCCGCCAGAGCCUCGAGGAGCUCGAGAGGAUGGUCCACAGCGUCGACGAGAACGCCACGCGCGCCGUCAAGAUGGAGCUCGCCCCCUUCGCCGGCGACCCGCGCCUGCUCGACGGCCUGAGGGACAAGAUGCGCCGCUGGCUCGUGGACAACACGGUGCGCAACGAGCCCAUGACCCGCGACGCGCUGCAGAGGACAAUCGCAAGGAGGAGGCAGGACGCGCCGGCUGGCGCGCAGGGCAAUGGGUUGAGGGUCAGGAAGCCGUUACAGGCGACGGUGGAAGACGAGACAUGA